AAAUAGUUCACAUUUUCGUGUUGAGUGUUGAGCACAAACUUUGUUGAGUGAAUUUAAUAUUGCAUUUAUUGAAAUAUAGACUUUAGAUAUACAUAGAUAUACCUAAAUGUAGAUUUCAAAUACAAAUACGUACAUAUAUUUAUUUACUUUUGAAAUGAUGCUUUUUAUGCUUUUGUUCAGUAGACAAGGCAAGUUAAGGUUGCAAAAAUGGUAUGUUGCUCAUCCAGACAAAGUAAAAAAAAAAAUUACACGUGAACUUAUAACAACAAUUUUGGCUCGAAAACCGAAGAUGUGUUCAUUUCUGGAGUGGAAAGAUGCAAAAAUUGUCUACAAGCGAUAUGCUAGCCUUUACUUCUGUUGCGCUAUCGAACAAAAUGAUAAUGAACUUUUAACUCUGGAAAUCAUACAUAGAUAUGUUGAACUUCUUGAUAAGUAUUUUGGAAGUGUCUGUGAGUUGGACAUCAUUUUCAAUUUUGAGAAAGCAUAUUUUAUCUUGGACGAACUUUUGAUAGGAGGCGAAAUGCAAGAAACCUCAAAGAAAAAUGUGCUGAAGGCUAUUGCGUCACAAGAUUUACUACAAGAGUCUUCAGCUCCUUUUCAAGAAGAUUUUCAACGAAGAAAUUAUUCAAAUGUGUAUAUUUUUUUUAGGAUGAAACUCCCCAAGGAUUUUUUGAAGAUCAUGGGCUCGGAUAAAACAUUUGCGCAUUAUUUAAUUUAAAAAAGAAAACAUAAAAUUAUUUUAAUGAUUCAGUAUGAAUAUAAAUAAAAUUGAUGCAAAAAAAUAAUUGUUU